GAGAAACACUUCAUGUGGAUAAGUAACAUUUUCUUCUUGAGCACUAAGCAACAUGUGUUAAACAACCUUUUCUUUAAAUUACCUGGACAUUUUGUACUUGACCAGAAUGGGAAAACGACUUAUAGUUGCUUAUGGCCUGUGGGCCAUAGGUGGUCCACUUGGACUACACCACAUAUACUUGGAACGUGACAGGCAUGCUUUGCUUCUGAUGCUUACUGUGGGGGGAUUUGGUGUAGGGUGGAUGUGGGACUUUUGGAAGAUUCCUGGACUUGUAUCCAAAUACAAUAAAGAGGAACGCAAGAAAACAAUUGAACUUAAGGAAGGAAUACCACCUGCAAGUAUCGUUCAGUUUAUGGCACAAGUAGUCACUGGCAUUUAUUUUGGUCUAGUGGCUGCCAUUGGACUAUCCACUCUUACAAGUUACUAUGUGUUAGUCCUGCCGCUUGCAGUUGCGUUGGGAGUUCAUCUUGUGGCUUGUGCAGGUGAGCAAACCUCGAAGUUGCAGAACACAUUGGUGGCUGCUUUCUUGACAUCCCCACUAUUUUAUGGGCGUGCUGUCUCCAUGAUCCCCAUUAGUCUUGCUGCCAGUAUUACCUCCCAACAAAAUCGUCACUAUCGAUCGCAGCAGCGAAAGAAUGAGAACCUCAGUCUUCGCCUAUAUCGUGUUGGACUGGCCUACCUGGCUUUCACUGCCCCCCUGACUUACAGUGCACUGCUUAAUACAAGUCGUACCGUGAGCUAUGUCGCGGAAAGCAUUGGGACUCUGCUAAAUUGGCUGAGCUUCUUCCCCAGCCUUAGUGCUCUGAUGGAGAAGAUUCUCCUCCUACCAUACAGGAUAUGGGGGCUGUUUUCAGGAGGGGGAGGAUUACAUGACCAGUACUUCAAAGAGUGGGAAAAGAUCUAUGAGUUUGUGGCCAGCUUCCAGGAUGAAAAGGAAGAGAUGGCCCGCAAGAUUUUAGGAGUGGAUUCUGAUUCUACCAUGGACGAAGUAAAUCACCAUUAUCGGGAUUUGGUAAAGCUCUGGCACCCGGAUCACAACCGACACCGUCUCAUAGAAGCUGAGCAACAUUUUAUCGAAAUACAGGCCGCUUAUGAGACACUCACGCGCCUUCUCAAAAUGAAGAAUCACGCGCACUGAUAAGAACUAACUGCUAUAAAAUGUAAUAACGUCAAUUUCAUUUUACUGUACUGAGAUCAGUGAUGGAAUUUUCUGAUUGGU